AUUUUAUCAGCUGCAACACAUUUAGUUUCUUGCCUUCUGAAGUGGUUCUGUCUACAGCAUUUACGUUUGUGUGAGAAUGGCUGAUUGGAGUGGAUCAUCCAGAGAACCAGGGGGACAUCAGUUAAGAAGAAGAGGAAGUAUGACUGAACCUCCAAGCAUGUUUGGGAUUAAAAACGACCUGAGAGUAGUGCUCCUGGGGUCACACGCAGAUGUUAAAGCCUCCUGUGGAAACACAAUCCUGGGACGAAAGGCCUUUAUGAAGUCCUCCCUGAACCUGCUUGAGAGGCAUGAUGGGAUUGUUUUGAAGAGACGUGUGGUGGUCAUCAACACCCCCGAUCUGCUCAACCUCGUUCUCUCUCCUGAAGAACAAGAUGUGAAGAAAUUGUUCAAUCUGUCCGGUCCUGGUCCUCAUGCUCUUCUUCUGGUCCUGAAGCCUCAGUCAUUUACAGAUCUAGAAAAAGAAGCCCUCAAGCACAUUAACAUCAUUUUUGGUGCAGGCGCAUCAGAGUACGUGAUCGUCGUCUUCAUGCACGAGAAGUACAUCAGCGUCAGAGACUCUGAGUCUCUCCUGCAGACCUGCAGACGACCACACUGUCAUCUACAGAAGAAUGGAGACCAGUCACAGGUGCAGAAUCUUCUGGAGAACAUCGAGAAAAUAGUGGAACCCGGGACAAACAAAGCACCUCUAGAGCCCUUACAGAGGCCAGAAAUACAUGGAAAUUUGAAGAGAGCAAAAUCCACUCGUGCGAAAAAGAACUUGGAGUGUGUGAGGAUCGUUCUGAUUGGAAAAACCGGAGCUGGAAAAAGUGCUUCAGGCAACACCAUCCUGGGAAGCAAGGUGUUCGAAUCAAGGGCCGCGAUGAGAUCUGUGACCAAGACCUGCCAUCGAGAGAGAGGGACGGUCUGCGGUCGGCCCGUGACUGUGGUGGACACACCGGGACUCUUCGACAAAAGCCUCAGUAAUGAAGAGAUCCAGCAGGAGAUCAUGAGAUGCAUUGAUCUGUCGGCUCCUGGACCUCAUGUGUUUCUGCUGGUCAUCGCUGUCGGCCCGAUCACACGAGAAGAGAGAGAAACCGUUCAGCUCAUCAAGACGGCCUUCGGACAGAAAGCAGAGGCCUACACUAUGGUGCUCUUCACACGAGGAGACAGUCUCAAAGAUCAGAGCAUUGAAGACUGCAUUAAAGAAGAUCAAGAAAUCCAACAACUGAUCCGUGCCUGUGGAGGAAGAUUUCACGUUCUCAGCAACGAACAGAAAGACCCCGCUCAGGUGGUGAGUCUGUUAAACAAGAUCAAUAAGAUGAUGUGGAGUAAUAAACCCAGUUUCUACACUGACAAAAUGAUUCAGGAGCUGCUUCUGGAAAGAGAGGAGGAGGCCAAACGGGAGAUAGAGGCUAUUAAAGUCAAAUAUGAGAUUGAACUCAAAGAUAUUCAAAACCAAUUAGAGGAGGAAAAAGCUAAACUGAAGGUAAGCGAUCUUCUGUUUAAUGAAAAUUUGCAGAGCAAAAUGUUGAGAAAGUAUGAGGCGGGAACAACGAAAGACAGCGGAGUGACAACAGAUACAGAACAAACGCAGGAGAAAACUAAAAAACACUCUGAGAAGGAGAAGAGCGAUUACGAGAAAGAGCCAAUGAAUAAGCAGAAAAAUCAGCUUUUGGGAACAACAGGCGUUGACAGACAAAGAACAGAAACCGAAGAAGAAGCAAGAGAAAGAGAAUCCGACCAAGAGAAAAAGCAACACCAUCAAACAUUUCUACGCUUUUGA